CAAGGUUAUUCGGUAUUAUGUUCUUGUUCAAAGUUAAAAGCAUAAUGUACAAAUGCAUUGAGCACAUUGUUACCACCAACACUUUUCAAUUCCCAAAAGGGUAUAACCCUCAUUCAGGCUUAUAUGUUUUUAGAUUUUAGCUGUUUUUUUAAGAUUGUCAUUGUUGAAACACGUUGACAUUUUUAAUAAAAUGUGACAUUUUAUAUAUAGUACUUUUUACUAUCACCUGUAAAAAUCUUAUUUCCUAGAACGACAUUUAUAUUUAAUUUCACAUUCUACGGAUAGUGUGACAUUUUUAAUUGAUUUGCUUUCACUCUCAGACCAGACCAUAAUUAAAUACAAUAGAACAAAUAUAAAAUAAUUUAAAGGGUUUUAAAUAUGCUUUUAGUCUUAAGAAAUGUAGUACAUUUUGUUUUAAUCCCUGCAAAUAAUUUUUCUUGAAAGUCAUAUUUUUAUCUUUUAUUCUUAUUUUGGUCAUAUAAAAUAAAUUUUUUACUACCUCCGUCCCUCUAAUAUUGGAACGGAAGGGAGUGGUGUUGUUUUUAAGAUAAAUGAAAUUAUGUGUUUGAUAAUGAUUUGAUAGUGAGAAUAAAGCAGAAAUGAAUUAGAGCGACACAAAUAUUACUAAAUAUGGUGUGAGACAAUUUAGUGGGACGGACGAAAAUAAGAAAAACGGGACAAUUGUACUAGGAUGGAUAGAGUGUUUAUUUAAUGCCAAUAAUUCAUAUCGAUGUUGGAAAUAAAAAUGUAGCUUAAUAAACCAUCAACUUUUUUUUAAUUUUUAUAUAUGCAAUAUUGAUGUCAAAUGAAAGAUCUUGAAAAAUUAUAAAUUUUGAUGAAUUUUUUGUAAAAAUUGAAGUAAAAAAGAAAAAGUUAUAAUAAGGGCCACGUGGCAUCUGUAUAAUAAGGGAGUGAAAAUUUGGUUGCAGGACCCGUAUGUUCUUUGAGGAUAAAAUUAUCAUUCUAUGAGCUACUCUAUAUAUCUCUUUUUUUAUAUAUAUUACCUCCGUUCCUUAAAACAUUGUUAUCUAGCCUUUUUGGGGGUCCCAAAAAACUUUGUCACUUUCCCUUUUAAUCAAUUAUUUUGUGGUUUCUGUUAUUUCUCUCUCCUCUACACAAACUUUAACCACAUGGCAUCUGUACAACCAAAAUUUCACUCCCUUAUUUCACUCCAUUUUUUCGGUAUGUAUAAAGAGCCAUAUGACAUCUGUAUAAUAAAACAGUGAAAUUUUGGUUGCAGGACCGUAUGCUUCUUUGAGGAUAAAAUUAUCAUUUUAUGAGCUAUAUCAUAUCUUUCAUACGUAGUAUAAAAUAGAUUCCAUCAAAAAAUAAAUUCAUGGAAUGACCAGGGAUACUAGAAUUUUGAUAGAGCUUUUAAACUUCAAGUUGAGGACACCCAAUUCUCGUGGAAUUCUAAUUUCUAUCUAAAUCAAAUUGUUGACACCUCACUAAAAUAAGAAAAGUAAAAAUUGUGUAAUGAAAUUUGUAUAAAAUAAAUAAAUAAAUUAAUUAAUCACAAAUUUAUCUUCUUCUUUUUUUGGAAAACACGAAAUUGUCAUUUUAAAAAGAAAAAAUGAGAAAGUUUUGAGAAAGAAAUGGAAAACUAACGUUGGCAAAGUGAGGGGUAUAAGAAUCCGUAUGUCGCAAUUCAUACUACAACUAGGGUUUCUGCUGUCACUUCUUCGGCAGAAAUAUCUUCCGAUCUAUAGUUUUCACGAUCGAUCUUCACCGCCUAAUGAAGAAGCGAUCUAGAGAUUUCAAACCUAAACCUGAAACUCUCAUCCUCGACGCCGUUACUCCAGGCCCGGCCAUCAUCAAGCACUUAGCUUCCUGCAACGCCCCCGUCCGAUCCAAAGCGCUGAGGUUGCUCGAGGUAUGGCUGCUGAGUCAAUCUGAAAUAGCCGACGACGAUAUGAAAAAGUUCUGGAAGGGACUCUUCUAUUGCCUGUGGCAUUCCGAUAAGGCUCCUGCCCAAUCUCAUCUCAUCAACCGCGCAUCAUCACUCGUACUAAAUCUUGAUCUUUCUCUUGCCUUGAAUUAUUUCUCUGUUUUUCUCGUCUCUCUGAAACGUGAAUGGAUUGGGAUUGACCGCUUGAGGCUCGAUAAAUUUUACUUACUUGUUAGGAAAUUCAUUUACUCAAUUUUCUCUCUAUGCAAGAAACAUAGCUGGAAUGUGGAGCUUCUAACUAGAGUUGUCGAUAUUUUUAUCAAUAAUGCAUUUUUAGCAGAGGAUAAGUUGUUAGGUAAUGGAGUGUGUUAUCACAUCGUUUCGGUUUGGCUUGAUGAGUUGAGUGGUUGUUCUGUUCCUGUUGACAGUGAUGUUGUUGGGUAUAUCUUUAAGCCGUUGUUUGAAGUAAUUAAAAGGUCCAAUGAUAGGGUAUUGGUUGGAAAAGUGAAGAGCUGUGUAUUUGAUAAAUUGUUAAACUCGGGGAAGAGUUUACUGGAGAAGAAGAUGAAUGGAGCUGAAAGCAAUGAAAGCUAUGCAGAGGUCGCUCUUGGUUUGAUUUCAAUGAAGAUGGGCUUUUCGUCAAUGCUUUUUGAGAUUGGUUCAUCUUUGGAAUGUCAUCAGGGAAACAGGAAAAUUAUUUUCAAGUUACAUGAUGAGUUCUUGAAAUUGGAGAACCUAUUUGAAACCUCAAGGGUUCACAUUGUGCUUCCCAAGGUUUCUAUUCAAGAAGAGGAGAUUCCCCAUAUGGUUCCAAUUGAGAGCAGUAAGACAAAUAAAGGUGAUGCAUCUGAUGGUCAAACGGAUGAAAAUUCUAGAAAAUGCAAGAAGGCUAAGAUGAUGAAGGUUGUAAGCAACAAGAUUGGUAAGAAGAAAGAAGAGAAAAAACGGGCUUCUCAGGAUUGCUCCCUAAUCACGGAAACUGUUUUUGCACCUAGAUUUAUGGAGAAUUCAAAACCAAGUAAAAUUAAAAAGGAUUCUGAAAAUGCAUUGGCAGGUGAGACCAUAAAAGACAAUCCUGUGGUCGAAAGUGUGGUAUUCACUGAGACUGUCAUUUCAAAUCUACAGAUGCAGUUUGAGAAAGUAGCUACCGAAGUUGGUGAUGGUGAAAUCAAUAAACCUAAAAUUCCUAUGAAAAUCAAAAGAAAGAGUGGAAAAACUGUCAAUAACAUAGAGUCAUGUAUCGUCCACUUACACAAUGUAGGAGAUUUUGCUGUUACUGCUGCAAAGAGUGAAGAGAAGAGGUCAAAGAAGGUUAGGUUUGCAAUGAAGAACAACUUGGUUUGGAAACCACACUGCCCAUUGCCUCCACAGAGUUUGAGAUUGCCACCCUCUUCUACCCCACGGGGCAGUGCCCUUAAGAAGGGUGUGCCCCCAGGCCCAGUAAGAGAGAUGCCCUCUGCAUCAAAGAAGAGGAAGCUGAAAAAGAAAGGCCGAAAGAUGCUAAGCACCAUCUCCCCUGCAAUGAAGAGACUGAAAAAACACAAAGCUUCUUCGCCAUAGUUGGGGAAUUUUGGGUUUGAGCAUUUUAUUGUAUUUGGCUAUCCAUUUGAAAGGUAAUUGUUUUUUCCUUGGUUUUUGCACUCUAGUUGAUGAAAGUAGUAAGAUUUUGAAUUUGAAUUUCCUUUGUUUGUUUCAUUUGAACUUCAUUUAUCUAUCUGAGUGAAACUAUUUUGAUAA